AUGAGUGCAUGUUUUGUUGAAAAUAAUAAUAAUUGUUCUCCAUCACGAACAAAUCAACAAGUUAUUAAUAAAUGUUAUUGUUCAUUUGAUGAGAAAUUUCCAACAAAAUGCAAAGAAUUUUUACGUUCUUUAAAAUGUUUGGAACGACAUGAAAUUGAAUUAAUUCCAUCAACAUAUGGAUCAGUAUGUUCAAGAAAUAAAGCUUAUUAUUAUUAUUAUUAUUAUUAUGGAGAUGUUGCUGUUUGUCUUCAAUUAGCCAUUAAUAUUUGCGAAUUUAAUUUAACAUUUUAA